AUGGAGACAGGACAGCGCCACAAGCACCUGAAGUCCGAGUCCGGGUCCUACAUGUCCCGGAGUGUAACAAGGAGGCGCUCCCAGCACGCCGGGAGCAUGCACAGCCCCAUCCAGGCCGCCCGGCUGUCCGCCCUCGCCUACUCAGACACGGCCCACCAACACUUCGCCGUGCGGCCCCGCUUCCUCAAGCCGCUCCUGGAGCCCCAGAUGCUGCGCCUGCGCCCCACCUCGCUGCUCUCUCAGGACAUCUCGCACCUGCUCACCGGCGUUUUCCGCAACUUGUACACCGCCGAGGUCAUUGGCGAAGAGCUGAGCACCAACUUGAUCAAGGCCCGUGGCAGCGAGGAUGCGAGUCACGAGAAGUUCGUGGACGAACUGCAGGAGGUUCGCGAGCUCUAUAAGCGGCGCCUGGAUGAAGUUGACAUGUUGGAGAAACAUAUCAUUCAGGCCCGGGCUCGGACCCUUGCAGAGAAGGAGCGGUGCAUGCAGCAGCCCAGUCCAGAGAACCUUGGGUCCGUCAUGGAGUUGCCACCAGUGAAAAAGAUCUUCCCAUGGUACGUGGACAGUGAUCUGCUACAGAAGCAUCAUCUCAUCUGCCCACAGGACUACCACAGUGACCCCAUGCCAUUCUGCUCUGCACCCAAAGGGAGCACCACUCCUGGCUACACAAAAAUGACAUUUAGUUUUGAAAAGAAGUGUUCCCUCACAAAGAAAGAACUGGCCAAGAGGACUGAAGUUUCCCUCAAGAAGCUCUCGGAGAGCGAAGAGGAGUCAGAUCAUACCGUGAGCAGUGAGACGGGGGUCUCAGCCAUCAAGGCCAAAGUCAAGCCCAAAGGAAACGCCUUGAAAGGAGGUCUACUGAGGAAUAAGAACUGGAUGAACCACCUGUGUAUGCCACAGAGGAAACUGGAGCGGCUUCUGCUCGCCAGAAUGGAGAGUCGGAAUGACUUUCUGAAAAACCCUCGGUUUUUCCCUCCUAACACUCCGUACGGAGGCACAUCUCUCCUCUUUCCUCUCAAGGAGUCGGCCCGGAGAGAAUCCCAGAACAUAGAUCUGGGACCAAGCUGUGCUGAUACCCCGGUAUUUCUAGCUAAGCCUUCAAUUGGAUUUUUCACAGACUAUGAAAUUGGACCCGUCUAUGAGAUGGUGAUCUCGCUGCAGAACACCACCUCCACCAGCCGCUACCUGCGGGUGCUCCCGCCCUCCACGCCCUACUUCUCCCUGAGUCUGGGGAUGUUCCCAGGAAACGGCGGCUUGGUGGCUCCCGGGCUUAUGUGCCAGUUCGUGGUGCAGUUUAUCCCCGACUGCCUUGGGGAUUUCGAUGAUUUCAUUUUAGUGGAGACGCAGUCCAGCCACACGCUCCUCAUCCCCCUGCAGGCCCGGAGGCCCCCUCCAGUGCUGACCCUGUCGCCCGAGCUGGACUGCGGCUUCUGCCUCAUCGGGGGCAUCAAGCUGAACCGAUUCCUGUGCAAGAACGUGGGCCUCAGCGGCGGCAAGUUCUGCAUCAUGCCCAAGGGGAGCUGGCCACCACCCAGCUUCAGGGCCAUUGUCACCGCAGGCUUUGUGGAGCAGCCUCCCUUUGGGAUCUGGCCUAUGGUGUUCGAGCUGGCGCCGGGGCAGACCAUCUUGUUGGAGGUCAUCUUCCUUCCCACAAGCCCAGGGCAGGUGGAGAAGACCUUCCUCGUGGUGUGUGACAACUGUCAGGUCAAGGACCUGGUGAUCUCAGGAGUUGGGCAGCUGGUGGCUUUGGAGCUCAUCUCUGUCUCUGGGGAGAGGAGCCAGCCAGAAGCCGGCGAGCUCACGGACCUAACGGCCCAGCAUUUCAUUCGCUUUGAGCCCAUGAACCUUGGCUCCGUGUCCAAAAAGCAGCUGAUUAUCAGGAAUGCUACGCAUGUGGAGCUGCCCUUCCGCUGGCAGGUCCUGAAGCCCAACCUGCAGGCACUGCUGCCCGGCGAGGCCUAUAGCCCGGCCGCCAUCAAGUUCAUCCCUGACAAGGACACGGCCUUCUCCAUCACGCCCCACAGGGGCGUCUUCAGGGCGCAGGAGGACCACGAGUUCAUCCUGACCUUUGCUCCUCAUGAGCUGAGGCCAUUCCACAGCGUGGUGCAUCUGGUGCUUGAGGAGAUCCCCGAGCCCGUGAGCUUGGAAACAGAAAUGGCAAAGGACAUCUCAUACUCGCUGGAGGACAGGAUCAUCCUGGAGGUGGAGGUGAAGGGCACUGUGGAGCCCUUCCAGGCGCUCCUGGACCCCUACGCCAUCCUCCUCCCUGGGGAAAACUACAUUGGCACCACGGUGAAGAGAGACUUUAAGAUGUGGAACAACAGCAAGUCGCCCAUCAGCUACGUCUGGGGCAAGAUCUCUGAUUGCCACAUCGUGGAAGUGGAGCCCUGCACAGGGACCAUAGAGCCCAGUGAGGUGGAGUGUUUCGAGCUGAACGUCACCGGGGGUGUCCCUGGGCCCAUGAGCGAGGACCUGCCGUGUGAGAUCAGAAACUCCCCCUGGCCCGUGAUGUUACACAUCGAGGCGGCCUUCAAGGGGCCUGCGCUGGUCAUCAACACCGCGUCCCUGCAGCUGGGCCUCCUGCGGCUGGGACAGAGGGUCAGCAGCACCAUCUGCCUGCAGAACAUCAGCCAGCUCCCUGCCGUGUGGCGGCUGCGCGAGAGCCCCCUCUGCCUGGAGGAGAGGGGCAAGGCCGUGUCCCCCUUCUCCAUUGAGCCCUGCAGCGGCCUGGUGCCACCUCUGGGUGACUGCAGUGUGCAGAUCACCUUGGAGGCACUGAGCUGCCAGCGGCUACAGACAGUCCUGGAGCUGGAGGUGGACAACGGAGUCUGGAGCUACCUGCCCGUGUACGCCGAGGUCCAGGAGCCCUUCGUGUACCUGCAGAGCAGCCACGUGGAGAUGUGUGACCUGUACGUGGGUGUGCCCACAGAGGCCACCGUGACCCUGGUCAACGGCACGCUCCUGCCCACCCAGUUCCACUGGGACGUGCUCCUGGGGAACCAGGCCAGCUUCUGCAGAGCCAGAAUAUCCCCCAGCCAGGGCAUUCUGAGCCCCAACGAGGUGUGCCAGCUGCAGCUGGAGCUGACCGCUCUCACGCAGGAAGAGCUGACAGACCUUGCCCUGCCUUGUUACAUAUCUGGCAUGGAGAAGCCGCUGGUCCUGGGCCUUUCGGGGAGGCCCCAGGGGCUGCGGGUGACCAUCGGCAUCUGCACGGAGGGCUGUGAGAGCAGUGUGUCCAUCACAGAGUCAUGGCCGGGCCCCCUGGAGGUGCUGCAUCUGGACUUCGGCUCGGCUGUGCCACUGAGAACCUGCGUGAGCCGCCAGCUCGUCCUGACCAAUCUCUCGCCCAUCGAGACCACGUUCACCCUCCACUUCAAGUACUUUGAGAGCCCCCCAGACAUCCUGAGCCAAAAACGCGGCCCCCCUGACUUGCCCCCUACCUUGCUGAAGAUGCCUCGGAUCCGCACGUUCCUGGACAAGCGAGAGUCUAUGGACUUCAUGGAGGCCAUGCUGUCUCACGGGAAGGGAGCCGCCUUCUUCCCCCACCUGUCGUGCGGCAUGCUGGGAGCCCACCAGCAGCUCCGCAUCCACCUCACGGCCUGUGCGAACAUGUGGGGCGAGUACUGGGACAGCCUCACCUGUGAGGUGGGCGAGCUGGCGCCCAUGGUGAUCCCGGUGUCCUUGGCCGUGGUGGGCUGCCCCAUCAGCUCGCAGAGGAUCAACUGCUACACUGGCGGGCAGCUGCAGAAGGAGCCCAUCAUCAGGUUUGGCACCCAGCUGUCUGGAGGAAACAGGGUGACACGGAUGCUCCGGCUCAGCAACUCCAGCCCCUGCGACAUCCGGCUGGACUGGCAGACCUUCAUCCCCGACAGUCGGGAGGACCAGCUUCUGGAGCUGCUGGUAUUCUAUGGGUCCCCUUUCCCUCUGCGGGACCAGGCUGGGAACGAGAUUCUGCAGGAAAGCCCCGAGAGCAGCAUAUCCUUGUCCCCAGCUCUCUCCAUGGUGUCCAGCAUCAGCCAGGAAGCCGAGACUGAUGAGGGCAGAUGGAAGUCCAGAGACAGGGCUGCAGCGAAAGUGGUCUCGGUGGUCCUGCAGGAGCACGAGGGGGUGGCCUCCAACUACCCCUACAGCAUCAGGCCCUUGCAAACGGUGGUCCCUGCUGGCGGCUCGAGCACCAUCUACAUCUCCUUCACGCCCAUGGUCCUAGACCCCAGGCACCCGCAGAAGGUGGAGUGUGCUGGCUUCGCCCUGGGCUUCAUGAGCUUGGACAAGGAGGUAGAAAGAGAGCUCCCCGGGCGCCGGCGGCGAGGCCAGGACUUUGCCGUGGGGCCCCUGAGGCUGGACCUGCAUAGCUUCGUGAGACUUGCACAGCUAAGAGUCGAACCGGCCCAGGGUUUGGAGUUCCGGCAGGCAGCCAGCGACCUCCUGCCCCAGGGGCUCGACUUGGAGAUGUUGAGCGAGCUGGUGACCACGCAGCACCUGAAACUGGUCAACACCUCGGAGAUCCCCUACUACUUCCAUCUCGCCGUCUCCAAGCCCUUCGCUCUGUCUCGCGAGGCGGGGAGGGGCCGCGGCAGAGCCUCGCGGCAGGAGUGGCUAAUGCUUGGUCCUCGGGAGAAUAUGCUGGUGGACGUGUCCUUCCUCCUCAGCCUGGAACUGCUAUCCUACCAGAAGUUCCCGGCGGAGCAGAUGCCGCCGGGGGUGGCCCUCCGGCACAGUGAGAGCGGAGAGAAGGCGCUGGUGUUCACUCAGGACCUGCUGCUGGAGUACACCAACCAGGCCACGCAGGUGGUGCCCCUGCAGGCCACUGUGAUUCUGCCCCAGCUGCAGCUCUCCACCAGCUGGGUGGACUUUGGGACCUGCUUCGUGAAGAUGAAACAGGUCCGGGAGCUCUGCCUGGAGAACCUGAGCAGCUGCAGGAGCUACUGGGUCGUGCUCAUGGCCCAGGAGAAUAUGGACACGGACCCAGGGGCUUUCAGCGUCUUCCCGGGAAGAGGGUUGCUGGAGGCACGACCAGUCAACGGGCCCCCUGCCUCCGUCGUCCUGAAGGUUUUCUUCACUGCCAGGAUGCGGCAAGAAUAUAAGUGCACGCUGCUGGUGAAAGGCGCGCUGGGUGAGGACACGUGUGUGCUGAGGGUACGGGGCCAAGGCUCUCACGACGAGAAACACGACCUGCCGUCGCCCGGCUCCUGA